UCAUGUAAUUUAUACAAUUUCCACUCACACACAGAACAAGCUCCCGCAGCCACUGACUUCAUACACACAAUGACUGUGAGCACUUCAUGUCCCUUGUCCCUGUGUCACCUUGUCUUCCAAUCCCUCCCUCCCAGACAGAGGAGGGGAGGUGGAGAGCUGAGACACAAAAGAAGACGGAGUGAACAGCUACAGGCAUCAAGGUGAGGGAGACACAGCCAAUGAGUGAAUGUGAUACAAACUGACAGGCUGGGAACUGACUCAAGUACGACCCAGGAAGAGUUGAAAAGAUAAAAAAAAUUAUAGAUUUUGAAGGCUGUUCUCUUUUUGGAUUUGCUGCCUCAAGGGGAGAUAAUAUUUGUUAGAGGUAAGCAACUGUGAGGAUUAUCUGACUGAACAGUAAGCAAGAUUAUAUAUGAUUACUAGAUAGAUGUGUGAGUAUGACUGAGUGGAACAUACAGUCUAAUAUAAAGGGUAUCUUCAAAUCAUACAUUAUGCAGCAUAGACCUUUGCUAAUGUCAGUGUUAGUUAUUCUGUGCUUUCUGGCACUGACAUGCAUCUCUCCUCAUAGUUUCCUAAGCCUUAGCUCCAUCACUGUGACCCUUCAUAAUGGUGGACCUGUUUGUCGAUCGGGUCCUGGUGAAGAACAACAAGGACCAGGACGAGCUGGACACAGAGCGUGAGAUUGUCAUGCGUCUGCAGAACCGCAUCCUGAUGCUCUUCUUUGCAUCUGGUGCAUGUGAAAGCUGCAAGGAGUUUGCUCCCACGCUCUCCGACUUCUUCAAACGGUUGACAGACGAAUUCUACGUGGAUCGCUCUGCUCAGCUGGUCCUCCUGUACAUUAGUUUGGACGAGUCAGAGGAUCAGCAGGAGAGCUUCCUCAAAGAGCUGCCCAAGAAGUGCCUGUUCCUGGCCUAUGAGGACCCCUACAGGAGGGAGCUGGAGGCCAUGUUUAACGUGGAGGAGCUGCCCACGGUGGUGGUGCUGCGCCCCGACUGCUCCAUCCUGAUCACCAACGCAGUGGAGGAGAUCCUCCGCCUUGGCCCAGACUGCUACCGCAACUGGCAGGAGGCGGCGGAGAUCAUCGACAGGAACUUCAUGAUCAGUGAGGACUUUGAAGAGAAGUCCGGGCGCAGCCUCAGCGACCCCGUGAGGAGGCUCAAGUACAAGGUGGAGGAUGAGGAGAAGAAGAAGAAGAAGAAGAAGAAGGAGAAAAAAGGCAGAGGGUGGGGAAAAGGUGGAGAUGAGGAGGCGGAUGGAAAAGAGGAAGAAGGAGGAGGGGGGGGGGUCAUGGUGAUGGAGGCCAAGAACAAGAAGACAAGACAUGCAUUCCCUCCAAUAUAACACAGUUUUGUUCAGCCAAACAAAACCCUUUUCAUAAGUGAAUAUCAGAAAAUGCAGACACUCCUAUUCAUCAAGUAGAAAAGUCAAACUGAUGUUAUUGUGGUUGACUUUCCUUUUCUGUAUCAGUGCUAAGCAAUGACUGUGGUCCUCUUGCAAACACGG